AUGGACUCAUUUAACUCUGCUUUAGGCAAAAACAUCACAUUUGUGCAUCCCCCUUUUUUCAUUAUACGCGGUUUCAUCGGCAUCCCGAAUGUAAAAUAUUACUACGUAUUUAUGUUUUUUGUGUUUGUCUUCUCUGUUAUAGGAAAUGUACUUGUGAUGCUUCUCAUACUUAUGGACCAUAACCUACAGACUCCAAAAUACAUUGCAGUUUUUAGCCUUGCCUUUACCGACUUCUUCCAUAUUUGUGCGCUGGUCCCAAAACUUCUGGACAUAUUUUUGUUCAACCACAAUCAUAUCUCUUACAAUGAUUGCAUGGCGUUUUUGUUUUUCUGUUACGCCUGCCUUUCCAUGGAGGCUUUGAACUUAAUGGCUCUUUCCUAUGACAGACUUAUUGCGAUAAUCUCACCCCUGCACUAUCCGAUCAGAGUUACUCACAAAUUUAUGUCCGCAUUAAUUGCAUUUUUCUGGAUUUUUGUUGUACUAGUUGUGCUCAUUGCAAUCGGUCUCCUGACAAGACUUUCAUUUUGUGAUUCUUUGGUUAUAAAAAGUUAUUUUUGUGAUCAUGGCCAGCUGCACAAACUUGCUUGCAAUGACACAUUUCCGAAUCAGAUCAUAGGCUCUUUGCUGCCUGUUCUUAUCCUGUGGUUUCCUCUUGUAUUCAUUUUGGUAAGUUAUAUACGAAUCAGCUUUGCACUGGCCAAGAUAGCCACAAUGCAAGAACGGGUAAAAGCAUUUAAAACUUGCUCUGCACAUCUUUCCUUAGUGGCGAUAUAUUUUGUACCUAUUUUGACCACUUUUACUAUAGGUUCAGCUAUAGAUCCAAAUGUACGCAUUAUAAACCUUUCAUUAACAUCAGUGGUGCCUCCUCUGUUGAAUCCUGUCAUAUAUGUGCUGCAGACACAAGAAAUCAAAGACUCUGUGAAGAGACUUAUCAAAAUAAAAAGACAACACGUAAUUACUUUGAAGGUAGUGAAGUAA